GGAGGCGCCACUUUCCUACAUGAAGCUCUGGGCAAGAACUCUUGCCAUCACUGUGGCUACGAUCGCAUCCACACAACUACAACCAUGCGUUUCUUGUCUAUGUUGAUGGUGUUGGCCGUGAUGGUGGUCGUUGUCUAUGGUUCUCCAGCACCUGGAAUUAUAUAUGGUGGUCGUAGCAUUGGCUUCGGUGGAAUCGGCCAUGGAAUCGGUUUGGGUGGGAUUGGCGGUGGCUUCGGGGGCUAUGGUGGCGGCUUCGGUGGUUUCGGCAGCGGCCUAGGUGGUUUUGGCGGCGGACUGGGAGGAUAUGGUGGUGGCUUGGGAUUAUAUGGUGGUGGCUUGGGAGGAUUUGGCGGCGGCUUCGGUGGAUAUGGCCGACGAUAUGGUGGAUAUGGCUAUGGAAGGUGAGAUUCUCGCUUACUGCAGCUGAAUGGUAAUGUCGCCAUGAUAUCACCAACUGUACAUUAUAUUUUUUAAUAAAUAUAUGCAUUUCCAA